AUGACAACGAUGCGUGAUCAGUUUAGGGCAUACAAGGCUUGCAUCAAGAGGGAACAUUAUAGUAAGUAUGGUACUGAUGAGGAGAGGCUCGAGAACAGGCCGAGGGAUGUCCCUUUGAAAGAUUUUAAAAUGCUUGUAAUUUAUUGGGCUGAUGAAAAAAUAAAGGACAAGGCGAUAAAAAAUAUAAGGGCUCGAAGCUUUGUAAGUGAAACACAUACCGUCGGGCCUAGGAGUUUCGCCCAAGUCUGCCACAAAAUGGAAAUUGCUAGGGAACAGGCGGCUAAACCGGAUGAACCAGCACCACCAAUAUCAGAUGCUGACAUUUAUGUGAAAACACGCAAAAGAGACUCUGCACGAGAGUAUAAGCUACCUACUGAUGCGGUUGAAAAAAAGAUUGAAAAUGUUGAAAAACUUCUUAAAACGGGAACCGUUGAGGAUGCUAACAAACUUGUAUAUGGUGACAAGAAACACAGCCGCUCGUACCUACUAGGUAGACUUAUUCAGAGAAGGGAAGCAAAGGGGAAAUCUGUGACACACAGUGAGGCUACUAUCUCUGAUCAGGUGUUGGCCAGUUUGACAGAAAAGAUCCGAGAACAACUUGCUCAAGAGAUGGAAGAAAAAAUGGAUCAGAAGGUUCGGGAGAAUGUCAAGGCAAUGGUGUCCAAGUUGGCAGAAAAGAAUCCAGACCUCAAGAUUGAUAUUCAAGACCUCAGUGUCGAGCCGACGUAUGAUGCCUCUGCAAGUGGAGCGAACACAACCACCACGGACACUACUUGACUUGAUGUGUGAUGCACUUAGAUACUCUAAUCAUAUUUUGCAAAGUUUAACUUGUAAUGUAAUGCAUGAUGACGUAGGAAUUUUAAGACUUUGAACUGCUAUUUUACUUGGAUGGUUGAAUUAUGGUUGCAAAAUUUGGAUGUUUGGUUUAUUGUUGAAUCUGAAUUUG